UUGCUGCCAAGGCGUCUCCGAGUGGCCUCAGCCCGGGGCGCUGGGAAACGGAGUCAGGAAGGAGGAGGCGAGGAGGAGAGCGCUGAGGGGAGGGCGAGCGGCGAGAAGCCGCCUCUGAGCGGGGAGAAAGUUGACCUCUUCAAUGGAAAGCGAAAUAACAUGCAUGCUUGCUGCUCUACGGUGACUCUGGAGCAGGAUCUCAACAGGAAAAUGCAUAUCUGGAUGGUGCAAACCAUCGCCUUUGCUUUAACGUCUCUAGUCCUGGCGUGGGCAGAGAGCAUCGAGUAUUAUGGGGAGAUCUGUGACAACAAAUGCCCUUGCGAGGAGAAGGACGGCAUCUUGACAGUGAGCUGUGAGAACCGGGGGAUCAUUAACCUCUCUGAGAUCAGCCCUCCCAAAUUCUCCGUCUACCACCUCCUGCUUUCUGGGAACCUCCUCAACAGGCUCUACCCCAACCAGUUUGUCAAUUACAGUGGGGCUUCAAUUUUGCACCUGGGUGGGAAUGACAUCCAAGAUGUCGAAACUGGAGCCUUUCAUGGCCUGAAGGGCUUAAGGAGGCUGCAUCUGAACAACAACAAGCUGGAGGUGCUGAGGGAUGACACUUUUGUGGGUCUGGAGAGCUUGGAGUAUCUCCAGGUCGAUUACAAUUAUAUCAGCGGUAUCGAACCCAGCACUUUCAGCCAGCUGCACCUGCUGCAGGUGCUAAUCCUGAACGACAACCUCCUCUCUUCCUUGCCCAACAACCUCUUCCGAUUUGUGCCCUUGACUCAUUUGGAUCUGAGGGGAAACCGGCUGAAACUUCUCCCCUACUUGGGCCUCCUGCAGCACAUGGAUAAGGUGGUGGAGCUGCAGCUGGAGGACAACCCAUGGAACUGCUCCUGUGAGCUGAUUGCACUCAAGGAUUGGUUGGACAGCAUCUCCUAUUCAGCCCUGGUGGGGGAUGUGGUUUGUGAAACCCCUUUCCGUCUACAUGGGAGGGAUUUGGAUGAAGUGUCCAAGCAGGAACUUUGCCCUCGGAGGCUCAUCUCCGAUUAUGAGAUGAGACCCCAGACCCCACUGAGCACCACAGGGUAUUUUCACACCACUCCAGCCUCAGUCAAUUCUGUGGCUACUUCUUCCCCGGCUGUUUACAAAUCUCCCUUGAAGCCCAAGGGGACCCGCCAGCCCAACAAGUCCAGGCUGCGUCCCACUGUCCGCUUGCCCUCCAAGGAUCUGGGAUACAGCAACUACGGCCCCAGCAUUGCUUAUCAGACCAAAUCUCCGGUGCCUUUGGAGUGCCCAACAGCUUGCACUUGCAACCUUCAGAUCUCUGAUUUGGGCCUCAAUGUCAACUGCCAGGAGAGGAAGAUCGAGAGCAUCUCAGAGCUCCAGCCCAAGCCCUACAAUCCCAAGAAGAUGUACCUGACCGAGAACUACAUUGCCCUGGUGCGCAGGUCGGAUUUCCUGGAUGCUACUGGGUUGGAUUUGCUCCACCUGGGCAAUAACCGCAUCUCGGUCAUUCAGGAUCGGGCCUUUGGGGAUCUAACUAACUUGCGGAGGCUCUAUCUGAAUGGGAACCGGAUUGAGAAACUGAACCCGGAGCUUUUCUAUGGGCUUCAGAGUUUGCAGUACCUCUUCCUGCAAUACAAUGUGAUCCGGGAGAUUGAGGCCAGCACUUUUGAUCCAGUGCCCAAUUUACAGCUCUUGUUUCUCAACAACAACCUGCUGAGAUCUUUACCUGUGGGCAUCUUUUCUGGUUUAACUCUCUACAGGUUGAACCUGAGGAGCAACCACUUCUCCUACCUUCCUGUGAGUGGGGUGCUUGACCAGCUUAAAUCCCUGCUGCAAAUAGAUCUUCACGAAAACCCGUGGGAUUGUACAUGCGAUGUGGUGGGCAUGAAGCUAUGGCUUGAACAACUGAGCACGGGAGUCCUUGUGGACCAGGUAAUCUGUGAAUCCCCUAAGAAAUUUGCUGAGAAUUACAUGAGGAACAUCAAACCAGAGCUGCUGUGUCCAGACUACUCUGACAUCAUUGUUUCCACACCCACCCCAUCAUCCAUGCAGGGACCAGCAAGGACCACCCCCUUCUCCAACUCUGGGCAAUUCAAUAGCACCUUGGAGGAGGAGGACUCAGCAUCACCUUCUGGUGGCUCUUCUUCCUCCUCCUCUUCUUCCACGGUGCCUUUGUCGGUGCUGAUCCUCAGCCUGCUGCUGGUCUUCAUCAUGUCUGUGUUUGUGGCUGCGGGUCUCUUUGUGCUGGUCAUGAAGCGCAGGAAGAAGGUCCAAGGUGACCAUGCCAGCACUAACAACUCGGAUGUGAGCUCCUUCAACAUGCAGUACAGUGUAUACACAGGAGGAGGAGCCCCCCAUUCUCAUCCCCACGCCCAUCACCAGCAGCAUCCACAGCAUCUUCACCGCGGAGGAGGAGGAGGCGGUGGUCCGGCUUUGCCCAAGGUGAAAACCCCUGCAGGACAUGUCUAUGAAUACAUCCCUCACCCUUUAGGCCACAUGUGCAAGAACCCCAUCUACCGCUCCAGGGAGGGCAAUGCGGGCGAGGAUUACAAAGACCUCCAUGAGCUCAAGGUGACCUACAGCAACCAUCAUCUCCAGCCCCAACCCCCACCACCCCCGCAGGUCUUGGGGCAGCCCCCCGCAGCUCCAGGGGGCCAAGAGGAGACCCUCCGGAGCCCCACAUACAGUGUGAGCACCAUUGAGCCUCGGGACGAGUUGCUUUCCCCUGUUCAGGAUGCUGAUCGUUUUUACAGGGGCAUUUUGGAGCCCGACAAACACCCUUCUUCCACCUUGGGGGGCAGUAACCUUCCUGAGUACCCUAAGUUCCCCCCAACCGCCUACACCUAUUCCCCUAAUUAUGACCUUAGGCGCCCCCCACAUCCCUACUUGCAUCCUGGCUCGGGGGACAAUAGGCUCCGGGAGACGGUGCUUUACACGCCCCCAAGCACUGUUUAUGUAGAGCCCAACAGGAACGAAUACCUGGAGCUAAAAGCAAAGCUAAAUGCAGAGCCGGACUACCUCGAAGUGUUGGAAAAACAGACCACAUUCAGUCAGUUCUGAGACCUCCUCCACUCCUCCCUCCCUGUCUCCAGAGCAUUUGUAUUUAAUAACCACACACAAAGAAACACAAUGUUGAUCUCCUCCCCGCCCCCACAUCCCUUUCCUCCCCAACCUGCCUUUGCUUCAUGUUGUCGGAAGGUGAAGUGCCUUGGCACAGGAAUUUCCAGCUUUGGGGAAAGUUACCGAAAGGGUGUGCUGAUAUCAUAGUUAUAGAUUUCUCUAUCAAUCUUUGUUUUUUUUACAGCCAGUAAGAACCGAUCAAUUAAGUGAACUAGGCACAGAUUUCGUUCUCUUACCCCUCGAUAUGGUGCGUGUUGUGCUAAGGGAGGCAUUGGGUGUGUUAAAAAAAAGGGGGGGAGUUUCGUACAGCUGGAUGUCAAAAAGAUUAUUGAAAUCACUUUAUCCUCUUCUUUUAUGUCAGUUAUGCACCACUGAUGAUUUUGUUUUCUCUCGGUUGAAAAGUGCAGGGCACCUAAUUCCCUUUUUAGCCAUGGAUGGGUCUAAAAGGCUUUUGGGGAGGGGAGGGGGGCAAGAUUAGCACACCCUGACUUUAAUACAAGAUUGUUUGUUCUCUCCCCUUUUUUUAAAUGAAAAAAACAAAGGAUGUAUUUGUAUGUUUCUGGACUUUUGAAUUACAAACCAAUAUUAUGAUCUUGAAAAGGAUCUCCAUAGAUGUGGACAAAUCAAUAAAGAGUUCAGAGAUAUAUGAUCCAUAACUGGUUAGUAAAAAAAUAACUUAUUGAAAUAUAUACAAAAAUAUUUUAUUGUAGCUCCUAUUUUUAUAUACACAGUAGCAUUUCCUUCACUAGUUGAGGGUUCACGCUGCCUGAAUGGGACAGAUCAUAAGGCUUCUUUGCACAUUAUGGAGGAUGUUUAAAGAUCUAGACCUAAAACAUGACAAAAUGGGUGUUUAGAAAUGUGUAUCAUAGAGCUACACUUGGCAGACAGAGCCAGGACUGACUAUGGCUCUCCGUUGUGUUUACAGCAUGGCGGCAUUCCCUGGUUUGUUGCUGUAUAAUGUGUGAAAGGGUCAUAUAGAGUUGUUGUGAUGGGGAAACAUCCUGCAAAUACUUAGGCUGCUAUCCUGCACACAGUUAGACUCCCAUUGACAUCCGUAGGGAUUGAAGCUGCCUAACCGGGCACAGGAUUGUAAUCUUAGGCAUAUGUGAAACAUCGCCGUAAGGUUCUGUGCAUGCUUCUGUGUUUGCUAUAGCGGGUUCUUACUCAUCUGUAGCAUUGGAAACUCUUCCAGCUUGCUGGAAGGGCUUUCUGGGCGAGGCCCAAGAGCCUGUGAUCUGCUCCGAAGCGUUACAAUGCAUUCCGAGCUUUCUUUCCAAAGCUGCAAUGGUCUCUGGAGAAUGUCAGAAAUCACUGAAAUGGUUAAUAAUCCACACGACCAAAACCUAACAAGACAAUCCGAGACAAAAAAAAUUGGGUCAG